UUUGUCGCAGGAGGCUAACCAUUUUCAUAGUUUCUACAAUCACAGAAGAGCCUCAGUUGUCAUUCAAAAUUAAACGAGUAGAGUGUUUAGCUGCCUUUCUAAAUUUCAUAUAUUUCGUAUUUCAGAAACUUUUUAAAAAUCUAUGGUUUAUCUGAAGAAAAGUACCUUGUUAGCCAUUGCCAGAGAGUUGAGAAGCAAGAGUCUGCCAGCAACAGUGAUAAGAUUAAGACGCGAGUGCCAUGGAGGUCAUACCUAAUACUUUGAUCAAGGGGAAGUUUGUGCUACUGACCCUGUUGAUUUGGCUACUCUUCCUGCUGAUAGCCAUCCCCCAGUGGAUGAUCAUGUGCUUGUAUGCGAAGAACCCAUUGAUAUAUACGCUGAUCCUAAUCCUUGUCGGGUUCGUCCUGCUCGCCUGCAUCCAUAUAGUCGAAGUACUGAAGUACAAGCGUCCCUGGAACUUUGUAUGUCUCCUCAUCUGCUACGAGAUAUUAACGAUUGGCGUAGCCCUUUACCUGACCAAAUGGAAUCUUAUCCACACGCUUAUACUGAUAGGCGUGGGCGUGUUAUUCUCGGCAUUUGCAAUGCUCGUAUGCGUCCUGCUGAUCUUUUACCAAGCAUAUCCGAAUCCCGUCAAGUUGGCCAUCGUGGGCUUCAUGGGCUUCAUUUUGGUGUACUGCAUCAGAUCCGUGCAUAUUUUCAACAAAUGGUUCUAUUUGGCGGACCUGGAAGUAACCGUAUUUCUGGUCAGUACCGUCAUCGUGACGAUCUGCCACAUCCUGAUCACCAACGACAACUUUGAACUGCUGCGUCAGGACGACGCCAUGCACGUAGCAUUCGUGCUGUACUUGUGCUAUAUGCUUUUCAUAGUGGGCUGUCGCAUUGCCGCUCACUGCAUUCAAUCCAACAUGGAGUAUUUCAAGUCCAAAAGAACAACGGCCCUAGCAGCAAAUUUUUAUUAUGAUAAUGUAAAAUAAAUAUUUCCAAUAUUUCCUGAUAAGAUAUUACUCAUAUCCCAAAUGCCUUGCGAAGCCCCGACGUGCUGGCAUUCAAAUAUAUCUCCAAUGCAAGGGAGAUUUAUAUGGGACUGGUAUGAUUCAACUACAGACCGGAGACUAUCUCUGAGCAGCCUCAUUCACGUCCCUGGCUCAUGGCUCAAACGUGACUCCUGAAGUCUUUGUACUCUCUGAUACGACAUAUUUUACAUUUUAAGUGGUCUUAAUUGGUUGAUAAAUAUUACAAAUUUUAGUCACUUUUAUUUGGUAACAAGCAUAGCAAAUGUUAAAUAUAAUAAGUAUGCAAAUUAUAUUGCAAGACCCUA